CAGGCAGAAGUACACAUCUUUACACAGCCCUCCCUUUAGUACCACAAAACUCCCACCACUCAAUCCACAAACUAACUUACCGUGCUGGCGCCGGAGGAGAUCGAUGGAGGCGGCGAUUGGCGUGGCAAGCGGGCUCAUCGACGGUGUGGUGAAUCUGCUGUCCAAUGAGCUCGUGCAAGCGUAUGUUGCCAGCACUGAGCUCGGCCUCAACGCCGACAAGAUCAAAACGAGUCUGUUCUAUGCGCAAGAUCUGCUGCAGCAGGCCCGACAGCGGGGCAUGGCCGAAGACAGGCCCGGCCUGCAGGGCCUGGUGCAGCAGCUCAGCGCCAAGGCUGACGAGGCCGAGGACGCGCUGGACGAGCUCCACUACUUCAUGUUUCAAGACCAGCUAGACGGCACCAAGUACGCCGUGCCGGACCUUGGUGAUGACCUCCGUGGUCAUACUCGCCACGGUCGCCAUGCUCUUCGCCACGCUGUCGGUAACUGCAUUGCUUGCUUUUCUUGUUCGCGUAUGCCGCAAGAUAAUCUUGAUGAUGGUUCUCUUGCUGUUGAUACCAAUAACCCACACAAUGCAACCAAGCCUGCUAGUGCUAGUCGUAGCAAUGCUGGACCAGCUGAUAAGUUAACAUUCCACAGAGUGGCAAUGUCCAAAAAAAUUAAGUUGGUCAUAGAGCAAAUACUUCCCCUUUGUGAUAGAGUCUCUGAGUUGCUCAAAAUAAAUCCACCUCAUGCCAACAACACUCCAAUUGUCAGCCGAAAACGUCCUAUCAUAGGAUCAACCACAACACAAGAUACAUUGUAUGGGAGGAGAGACCUUUUUGAGCAAACUUUAAAAGAUAUCAUCACCACCAGUGCAACAAAUAGCAGUGAAAAGUUUUCUGUGCUGCCUAUAGUUGGUCCGGGGGGCAUUGGAAAGACAACUUUCACUCAACACCUGUAUAAUGAUAAAAGGAUAGACGAGCACUUCUCUGUUAGGGUUUGGAUCUGUAUAUCAACUGAUUUUGAUGUGCUUAAGAUCAGCCAACAGAUCCUUAGCCGCAUAGAAGGAAGCAACAAUGCAAAUCAAACAAGUUUAGAUCAGCUCCAAAUAUCCAUCGCACAAAAUCUCAAGUCAAAAAGGUUUUUAAUUGUCUUCGAUGACAUAUGGGAAUGCACUGACCAGAGUUGGGAAAACCUGCUAGCUCCAUUCAUGAAGGGGGAAGCCAAAGGUAGCAUGGUUCUUGUCACAACUCGAUUCCCAUUUAUAGCUAAAAUGGUGAAAUCAAUCAACCCAAUACCAUUGGAAGGUCUGGAGCCUGAUGAAUUCUUCACGUUCUUUGAAGCAUUUGUAUUUGAGGGAAAAGAACCAGAGGAUUACCAACAUGCCUUAAAUGAUGUUGCAAGAAAUAUUGCAAAGAAGUUAAAGGGUUCACCUCUAGCAGCCAAAACAGUUGGUCGAUUGUUGAGAAAGGACCUUUCUCGGGAACAUUGGAUGGGAGUUCUUGAAAACAAUGAAUGGCAAAACCAAAAAAAUGACGAUGAUAUUAUGCCAUCUCUAAGGAUUAGCUAUGAUUACCUUCCUUUCCAUUUGAAAAAAUGUUUUCCUUAUUUUGCAUUGUUCCCCGAAGAUUAUAGUUUUAGGAAUUUAGAGAUUACCCAGUUUUGGAUUGCAAUAGGAGUCAUAGACAAAGAUGAGAAAUACAUGGAAGAACUACUGGACAAUGGUUUUCUCGUAAAGGGGAAUGAUCGUUGGGGUGAACACUAUGUGAUGCAUGAUUUAUUGCAUGAACUGUCACGGAGUGUUUCAUCCCAAGAAUGCCUCAAUAUAAGUAGUAGUGUAAGUUUUAGAGCUGAUGCCAUCCCAAAAUCUAUUCGACACUUGUCUAUUACUAUGGAAGAUAGAUAUGAGGGGACUUUUAGGAGAGAAAUGGUGAAAUUGAGGAGCAAGAUAGACAUUGUAAAUUUGCGGGCUUUGAUGAUUUUUAGAGCGUACGGGGAAAAUAUUGAUAAGAUUUUGAAAGAAACUUUUAAGGAAAUAGAGGGUCUCCGUGUCCUACUUGUAGAAAUGAGCUCUGCAGACUCUCUGCCCAAAAACUUCUCAAAACUUCUCCACCUCCGGUACCUAAGAGUUAGCUCACCAUAUGGCUUAUCAGAGAUGAGCUUACCCAGUGCACUACCAAUAUUUUAUCACUUGAUAUUCUUGGACCUACAAGAUUGGCGCAGUAGUUCUAAUUUGCCUGAGCACAUUAGUCGCCUUGUGAAUUUACGCCAUUUCAUUGCUAAAAAUGAACUCCACUCCAAUGUUCCUGAGGUUGGUAAGCUAGAGCAACUACAAGAGCUAAAAGAAUUCCAUGUUAAGAAAGAGACUCUUGGAUUUGAAAUGGAAGAGUUGGGGAAACUGACACAUCUUGGAGGAGAACUCUGUUUACGUAAUCUUGAAAAGGUUGCUAGCAAGGAAGAAGCUAAUAAAGCCAAUCUGGCUUUGAAAAGGAGUCUGAAAACAUUGACACUAGUUUGGGGUACAGAUCAAGCAGUUGCAGGUGCUACCGAUGUUGUUGAUGGUCUCCAGCCACAUGAUAAUCUCAGAGAACUUGCCAUUGAAGAUCAUGGUGGAGGCGUUGGUCCUCCUUGUUGGUUGUGUCAUGACAUACCCUUUAAACAUUUGGAGUCUCUUGCUCUAGCUGGUGUGACUUGGGGCACACUUCCACCUUUUGGGCAGCUACCGUAUCUCAAGAUCAUAAGGUUGAAAAAUAUUGCCGGGGUGCGUAUUAUAGGACCUGACCUUGGUUUCAUUCACUUGAAGGAAGUUGAAUUUGAUGGGAUGCCAGAUCUCGAGAAGUGGGAUGUGGGACCUAACUGCCAUUCGUUUCCAAAUCUUGAAAGCAUCGUGUGCAAAAAUUGUCCCAAAUUCCUUGCACUGCCAUUUUUUUCUGAUUGCCUUGUCCCUUGCACAAAAGACAUACACUAUCCCAACCUAUCUAAAUUUCUUGUUACAGAAUGCCCUCAGUUGCCCCUGCCCCCCAUGCCUUAUACUUCCACCCUGAUACGUGUCCUGAUACGUGUUGAAGUAGGUGAUAGCCUUGGGACAAUGAGUUACAGUGGAGAUCGUUUGGUAUUGCGGAGCUAUGGCAGUGCAUUAGCCUUCGAAAAUAUGGGCAAACUUGACAGCAUCUCAUUUUCAGGGGGGUCAACAAUUCCAUGGGCGGAACUUCCAACUCUAACCUCCCUCAGGCAAUUUUUGAUUGAAGAAGACCCAGGCUUUCUAUCAAUGGCUCUGCUCUCAAACCUCCCCACGUCUCUCACCAGUCUAUCACUAAUAGAUUGCGAGAAUUUAACAGCGGAUGGGUUCAAUCCUCUCAUCGCAGCUGUCAACCUCAAGGAAUUGGCGGUCUACAACACAGGAGAAAAUGGUCCUCGCUCUGUAGCCGCGGAUCUUCUCUCAGAAUUGGUGGUGGCAAGCAGUACCAAACUGUUGUUGCCUGCUGCAGGCUGCUUCCAAUUGGAAUCACUCUUCGUGGAUUGCAUCUCAGCGAUGCUUGCUGCUCCCGUCUGCAGCCUCUUCUCCACCACCCUCCGCGAGUUAUACUUCAGUUGUGAUCAGCGGGUGGAAAGCUUCACGGAAGAGGAAGAGGAUGCGCUUCAGCUCCUCACCUCCCUCCAAACCCUUUAUUUGUGGACGUGCCCGGGUCUGCCGUCCCUCCCGCAAGGGUUACACAGCUUUUCUUCUCUCACGGAACUAAAUGUUGUUGGUUGUCCUGAGAUCCGGUCGCUGCCCAAGGGGGGCCUCCCCAAUUCUCUCCGGAAACUGCGACUCUUUGACUUUCCUGAAAUCCGAUCGCUGCCAAAGGAGUACCUCCCCACUUCUCUGCGAGAGCUAUCCGUAUUCAAUUGCAGUCCCGACCUACACGAGCAAGCCAAGGAAUUACAAGGAACAAAGCCAGAUUUGCACGUGUAUUGUUAGACCUAGCCCAAGGCUUGCAGCUGGCACGUAUGGCUAUGUACUACGUCGCGCCUUCAAAUUGCUAGCUGUGUGCAAUGUGUACAUAUGUUGUGAGUCAUUUCAGCCUACCUACUCUUUCUAGAUGCAACAAGUCAUGUGGCAUCCAUGGUUGUGCACAGAAAUCAGACAGAAUAUACCUAGAUUUACGAGUAGAAAUACAAGAUUAGGAACAAGACGAAGGUUCUUAUUUACAGUUGGGAACAAGACUGAGGCUCUUAUUUACAGUUAUGGAGGAUGAAGUAUGCAAUCCAGUUGUUCUAGAGAUUGGAUGGAGUCCCUUCAAGAGAACAUAGAGCUAUAUCCUAGCUACUGUUAGUUCAGAAGCUUUGUUUUACAAGUUGGCAACAGGAUAUUCUGGACAAUUACAGAGAACAGUGGAUCAAGAAGCUGGCAUUCCAUUCAGCAAUCAGCACUCGGUUGUUCCAUCCAAAGAAUGUUGGUUUAAAAGAAGCCUCUGUCUUGAUGUCUCGAAGGAGGUGUGCAGUCGUGCAUCGACGAUCUCAAAGGUGUAAAAUUAUGGUUCAAGAUGUCCAGACCGGACUAUACUGGUUUGCCGACAGAGACAGCAAGCGGAGCGCUCCUGGUUCAGUUUCUGCAAAAGCAACAGCACGGAUGGCCAGAUCGGGGUCGGACCUGAAGCUAACUCACGAGAGACGACAAUGGUGGUGGCUUGGGAAACUCGUGUUAGUUUGUUGUACCGUGUUUGACCAGUAGAGUUAUUCCUAUAUGUUGUAAACUCGAAGCGCUGGAGUUCUUAUUUGUCAGUUCCAGCAAGAAUUCGAGAGAGAAAAUAAUAUGUGUACUUGUACUGGUGCUCGAGACGAGGCAGUGACAUUGUUGUUACCUGCAUUCUUGCCUUUGGACGUGCAAGGACAGCAUUUGAGUCUGUCAUGUUGCAACAAUGUCUUAAUUUGGCACUGUAUGAAAAUCAGUGUAUCCUGUACAGGCUCAACACAGCAGGAGAAGUGAUGUUUGACUGCAAAAGCGUUGACCGGAUCUAAACCCCAAAGGUGCGAUAAGCCCAUUCUCGUUUCGUUGGGCCACGAGAAAAGGGCACAGCAACAGAGACAAAGCCGAAAGGAAAAAAACAGGGAUGGGCCACAAAGAGAUCACCAGGCCCAUUGCGCGCGGUCGGUCACCCUCUCCAGCGACGGCGACCCCCCUCCUCCUCGCCUCGAUGGCCGGCGGCGAGUCUACCCUUCCGCGGGCCCUUGCGCGCGGUCGGUCGGUCACCCUCUCCGGCGACGGCGGCCCUCCUCCCCUUCUUCAUCCUCACCUCGAUGGCCGGCGGACAUCCAUCGCCUUCCUUGGAGCGAGGUCUUCCCCGAAGGCCUAGGUCGAUUCAAUUUCCAAUUCCAGGUGAGCCACCACAUAAUUCUCUCUUAUCUGCUCCCUCGCCAUCACACACACACAAAUCAUCCCUUGUUGCUCACAACCCAACCCAACCCAACCCAACCCAUUCAGCCAUGUACUCCCUAAUACUACCCCUUCAGAGCUCCACACGGACACAAGUCACGUUCCUGUCGUUCCUGCAGUAUAUUGUUUGUUUGCUUCUUCAGAUAAAAUUAGCCAGCAUCACACACACAUUGUCUGUCCAUUCCAUUCGUACAUUAUAACCUUGUGUGCAUCAACGCACCCUUUUAACUUUGCCCUGCUUAAUUUCGACUUAAUUGUCAUGCAAUGCAAUGCACUUAAUUUCGACUUAAUCAUGUAUCAAACCAGAGCCACAAACAGUUUCUGGUCCCAGCCACAUUCAUUGCUGCUGCAGUGGUACAUAAAGGGUAGUAAAAUGUAAAUUCUGAUCUACACCUACCAAUCCUGAAGAACAGUAACUCUGAAUCUCUUCACAGCACAUGGGCGCCCCAGCCUGGUCACUCACUCACUACUCAGUGAAUCCAGAUUUAGUUGGCUGGUGAGCAGUCAGCAUCUUGCAGCAAAGCACCACCACCAAGCACCAAAGCUCACUGCUCACCUUUCGAUCUGCGUCGCGGCUCGCAGGUACUCCCUCCGCGUUGUCCAAAUAUUACAGGUAUCUAUAUAUCUAAACGUUUUUCAAAAAUAGAUACAUUCAUAUUUAAACAAAUUUGAGUCAAGAAUUUAGGAGGGAGUACAUGCAAUACAAUCAUGCAUCAGGCUUAAAAGAGGCCCACAACAAAGUAAAGCAAAGCAAAGCAAAAGAAAGAAGGGGCACAUCACAUGGGCCGUACCACCAUGGGCAUCACAUCAGAGUACAGGCGCGGGCCCGGCCCACUCACGAGGACGUGUUGGAUUCCGCGGUGCGAUACAGGACGAGGAGACGACUUGACUUCCUUUCAGUGCUCCACUGCUGAUGCUGUGGAACUAUCGUCAAUCAUCGACACACAGAUCCCCAUUCCGCAUCCAAGAAAACCCAUCCCCUGCAAGAAAGAAUCCCCAAUCCCACCACACAAACCCUGUGGGCGCAGGCGCCGGAGGAGAUGGAGGCGGCGAUUGGCGAGAUUAUGACGAAGCUGCUGCAUCUGCUGAUGUCGUUACCCAUAAAUCACGCAAUGCUGGACCAGCUGAUAAGUUGUCUUUCGACCGAGUGGCAAUGUCCAAGAAGAUUAAGCUGGUCUUAGAGCAAAUACUUCCCCUAUGUGACAGAGUCUCUGAGUUACUCAAAAUAAAUCCACCUCAUGCCAACAACACCGCAAUUGGCAGCCUAAAACGGCCUCUCAUCGGAUCAACAACUACACAAGAUACAUUGUAUGGGAGGCAAGACCUUUUUGAGAAAACCAUAAAAGAUAUCAUCACCAGUGCAGCAAAUAGCAGGGAAAAGCUUUCUGUUCUGCCUAUAGUUGGCCCGGGCGGUAUUGGAAAGACAACUUUCACUCAACACUUGUAUAAUGAUAAAAGGAUAGACGAGCACUUCUCUGUUAGGGUUUGGAUCUGUGUAUCAACUGAUUUUGAUGUGCUUAAGAUCAGCCAACAGAUCCUUAGCUGCAUAGAAGGAAGCAACAAUGCAAAUCAAACAACAAGUUUAGAUCAGCUCCAAAUAUCCAUCGCACAAAAUCUCAAGUCAAAAAGGUUUUUAAUUGUCUUCGAUGACAUAUGGGAAUGCACUGACCAGAGUUGGGAAAACCUGCUAGCUCCAUUCAUGAAGGGGGAAGCCAAAGGUAGCAUGGUUCUUGUCACAACUCGAUUCCCAUUUAUAGCUAAAAUGGUGAAAUCAAUCAACCCAAUACCAUUGGAAGGUCUGGAGCCUGAUGAAUUCUUCUCUCAGAAUUGGUGGUGGCAAGCACGACCAAACUGUUGUUGCCUGCUGCAGGCUGCUUCCAGUUGGAAACACUCGACGUGGAUUGCAUCUCAGCGAUGCUUGCUGCUCCCCUCUGCAGCCUCUUUGCCACCACCCUCCACAAAUUACACUUCAGUUGUGAUCAGCGGGUGGAAAGCUUCACGGAAGAGGAAGAGAAUGCGCUUCAGCUCCUCACCUCCCUCCAAACCCUAGCUUUUUGGCACUGCUGGGGUCUGCCGUCCCUUCCGCAAGGGUUACACAGCCUUUCUUCUCUCACGGAACUAUAUGUCAGUACUUCUCCUGAGAUCCGGUCGCUGCCCAAGGGGGGCCUCCCCGCUUCUCUCACGAAACUCUAUCUCCGGGGCUGUCCUCAGAUCCGAUCGCUGCCAGAGGAGGGCCUCCCCACUUCUCUGCGAGAGCUAUUCGUAUAUAGUUGCAGUCCCGAGCUACAGGAGCAAGCCAAGGAAUUACAAGGAACAAAGCCAGAUUUGCAGGUGUACGCCUAGCGCCCUAGCCUAAGGCUUGCCGACAUGUGCAGCUACAUACUCUCUCACGGGUUCGAAUUGCUAUCUGCAUGUGGUGUGUAGACAUGGUUAUGCAUGUGCAUAUGGAUGCAACGUGCAAGUAAGCAACCUAGGAAAUUAGAUGGAAUAUACCCAGAUUUAUGAGGAGAAAUCCACGAAUUUUCGGACUAGGAAGGAGAAGACCAAGGAUAUUUCACAAAUUGGCAACAGGAUAUUCAGCUUCUUUUAGGAUAACAAUCUAAAGCUUACACUAAUUCUGAAGACAACUCUGGCUGCUGGUAAGCAGUGCCAGUUGGCAACAAACAAUCGUAAGAAGUUAAUUGUAACUGCCACAUUCAAUAAGCACCUAAUAGUCGUGGUCUCGUGGAGAAGCUAUCUUAGCUGAAGAAUUGUUCUUGUAGGACUGAACUGCUUGCUUACAAGUUAAUAAGGGUACAGGAUGUGUUCCAUUGGAAGGCUGCAAUUAUGGAUAAUUAACUUUCUGCUACACGUUGACCACAAGUCUUUUGGUAGGUAUCUGCCAUUUUUGGCACCAGUUUUGGCUGGCACUGUCUACCUUUAGAAACUGACAUCCGACACUUACAAAAAAAACCGGAAGCGAAGGCCUUAGCAGUCGACAAGAGUGUUUCAUCACUAUGAGGCAAUGAUGCUAUACUAUUCGUUCACAAUACUGCCAUUCUCUUCAUAUGAAAUCAGUGCCUUGAUUCGAGAGUGUUAGUUCCAAUUUUCUUCAGUCCCUAUGAUUGAACAACUCAUGUGGACACUCACGUAAGUAGCACCUGAGCAUUGCUUCUGUGUUUGAGUUGUUGUUACAGUUUAAACGUUUUGAGCACUGAAGGAAUCAGAUCUUUUGAGAUAUCAUACGAGAAACCGGUAUAUUUUGUUGUAAUUUGGAUUGUGGUAGUGAUCCUAACCUUAACGCUGUGUAAAUAUUUCAGGUCUCAUAUCACAGAGGUGUCUUCAUUGCUUCCUUGGAGAACUGACCGAUUCAGUUGUACACGCAUUGCCUAGCUUCCUGAGAAACUCGUGGAUGGAGAUCUGUCGAGGAUAAGUUAGAUUGUGGAGAUUGCAUACGUGAUGAUAUUCACUGGCAUCCUUCAGAGCUUCAGUUCUUACCUAAACCAUUACAGCCAACUGUAAAUUUUGCAUUUGGCGUUCAGGUUUUCCCGCCCCUCUUGACAAACCCAAACCCAAACACCGAGGAGGACGUUAUGAUCCAAGAUUAGAUGCCAUCGACCAUGGCCUCUGGUUUACAGAUGGAGAAACAACCACCAACUGGAGGCUCGUCGGCGCAACAACGUAUGGGGCGUGUGCUGAGGUUAUUCCGAUUCAAUUUCCAGGAGCAAGGCGAUGCUCAAGAGAUGACGAUGAUGGCUGCGUUGACCCCCUGUUUACUGUGUUUAUAUGUCGAUCAGUAGAACCAUUUGUACACCCAAAGAGCUGGAGCCUGGAGUUCUAUAAGUAACGGUUUCAGUUCCAGCAAGAAUUCGAGAAGAACAAGGAAACACCUACUGGCUACUGCUGCUUGAGACGAGGCCAAUAACAUCCCUGUUGCAUUGAACCACCUGCAAUAUUGCAUCUUCAGAUACAUAUAAGAGCUUUAUUUCGUUCUUUCUCGGUGUAACACUUAGACUGUUCAUUCUUGCCUUGCACACAUACGACGAGAGCUUUAUUCUUUCUUUCUUGGCGUGACACUUAGACUGUUCAUUCUUGCCUUGCACACAUACAACGAGAGCUCUCUCUUUCUCAGGGGAUGAGCUCCAGGAUGGAGUGUGUCAUGUUGCAGCAAUGUCUACAGCCUUCCCCUUCUUUACUUUGCCACAUACAAUGACUGUGUUUUCAUGGCCGUAUCAGCCUUCCCCUUCUGAUGCCCUUUUCAGAUGUACUCCCUCCUAUCCAUAAUAAGUGUCUCAGAUUUUGUACUAA